AUGGUAUGGGACGCAGCGGCUGAAGUCAACGGAGUGUCCCUCAACCAUGCUCUGCUGAAAGGACCGGACAUACUGGUAUCGCUAAUGGGAGUGCUGAUGCGGUUUCGCGAAGGAAAAGUAGCAGUCGCUGGGGACAUUCGUGAGAUGUUCCACCAAGUAAAGGUGCGACCUGAAGACCAAGGGUCCCAAAUGUUUUUGUGGAGAGGAGGAGAUACGUCACGCGAUCCUGAUAUUUAUGCGGAGCGCUUCUCCAAACAGUCGCCGGAAGCUGUCGCGGCUAUAUGCAGGAACACCUUUGUCGACGACUGGCUCGAGUCCGCCGAUUCGGAGAGCGACAUGAUAUCACUCGCCGGCACACAAUUAACGAAAAUCAAGAAAAGGUUCUGGGAUUAUGGUGGAUGCCAGGUUCUGACCUCCUCACGAUUUUUCAUCAUCCGGGCCAAAAUCAUAUUGCAAAACAUUUGGCGAUCCGGUGUAGGAUGGGACGAUCCGCUUCAAGACAACGAUGCAACCGAGUGGAGGCAUUGGCUGGACCUAUUGCCGCGACUAAAGGAAGUCAGGAUACCCCGAUGCAUCCCACGGAAAAGCGGCUGCCUACAAAGUCAGCUACACACCUUCGUAGACGCUAGUCUUAAUGCGUACGCUGCUGUGGUGUUUUUACGAACCGAGGCUGAUGGCGAAGUUCAAUGUCCCCUGGUCGCCUCCAAGACGCGCGUAGCGCCUCUAAAGCCUGUAUCAGUUCCAAGGCUUGAACUACUAGCAGCGGUGCUGGGCUUGCGGCUGUCAAAGUCCGUGGAGGCCGAGAUGACAAUACAUAUCAAUCAACGAAUCUUUUGUACGAGUUGGGGAAAUAACGUUGCCGACGACGGUACCAAAUGGACACGAGACCCAAGUUUCGACGGAUCCUCACGGUGGUUCGUCGGCCCGGGAUUUCUGUAUCGAGGAGAAGACCAGUGGCCGGAUAUGAAUCCCUCUACAAAGAACGAAGAGAUCAUCAUGCACCACGAGAAGAGCCACACCGAAACACCCGCAAUAGCCUGUAUUGUACCGGAUCCGCAACGCUUUAGCAAGCUGGAAAAACUGCGCUCCACGCAAAGCAAAGUUCUUCAAUUCCUGCGUUUGGUAAUUAAGGAACCCAAAGAUGGCCAUCUACAACAGCUGCUACACCUGAAGCGGGCAGUAGACUCGGAUGUGAUUCUGGUGCGAGUCAGUCAGGAAAUGGAGUUUCCCGAAGAAAUCAAAACCCUAAGAGCGGACGAAUCUGGCGUGAUGCGAGUAAAAGGCCGCAUAAACGCGAUUGAGGGAGUAGAGUUGGAUGUGAAGCAGCCCAUAAUCCUAUCGAGACGCCACCGGGUGACAUAUCUUAUUGCGGAUUACUACCACCGACGGUUUCACCAUUUGAACGACGAGAUCGUCGUCAAUGAAAUGAAACAGCGGUAUUGGAUCAAAGGACUAAGGGCCCUCGUAAGGGAGGUUGCCAAGGAUUGUCCGAGGUGCCGCAUACGUAACGCCCGACCCGCGCCUCCAGAAAUGGGAAGUCUACCGCAGGAGCGUCUCUCUCCGUACACUCUCCCGUUUACAUUCACCGGGGUGGACUACUUCGGACCUAUCGAUGUCGUAGUGGGACGUAGACGGGAGAAAAGAUGGGGCGUGCUGUUUACCUGUCUCACGACUCGAGCAGUGCAUCUGGAGGUUGCGGUCUCACUCUCUACGGACUCCUUUUUAUGUAUCCUGAAAACAUUCGUAGCCCGGCGAGGUGUCCCGCGGCGGAUCCUAUCAGACAACGGAACAACCUUUCGAGGAGCAAACGGAGCCCUGCAGCAUCAUAUAGAGCGCAUAUCAACGUCCGCAAUCGAACGAGAAUACCCAACGUUGGAGUUUAGCUUCAACCCUCCUGGUGCCCCCCCCGGGGGGGGGGUGGGAAUCACCCGUUUAACUAAAUUUUUAUUUAACGAGAUUCUCCCCGCAGAAGGUCUACGAGAGGAAGUACUUCGAGCCGCUUUCGCUGACGUGGAGCACACCCUGAACUGCCGACCGCUUACCUACGUGCCCCUGGACGACGCGGACGCGGAAGCUCUUACGCCUAACCAUUUCUUAGUGGGCAACUCAAGUGGUUUGCGGGAAAGAGGAUCACUAAUCCAAGCUGGUGAUCGACUGGCCAAAAGUUACAGAAUCGCAAGUCAGCUAGCCGAUCGCUUUUGGAAGAAAUGGCUACGGGAAUAUCUUCCAACGCUCACGAGGAGAACUAAAUGGUUCCAGCCCCCGCCGCUGCCGCUCGCUAUUGGGGACCUGGUAAUUAUUGUAGACGAAAAUGCCAAAAGGAACACGUGGCUGAGAGGUCGGAUCGUUGACGUUCACCAAGGGGCCGAUGGCCAAGUUCGCAGCGCCGUGGUGCGCACUGUGGACGGACUGGUUACCCGACCGUCGGUAAAGCUGGCCAAGAUGGACAUAUUACCUGGUAACCCACCGCGAAAGCAGGUGAAUUACGAGGGGGGGAAUGUUGCGUCGGCAACUUAAAUAUCGCCGCCGCGACCAUGCAUCUUGUCCCAUUCGCACUCACAAUUCAUCGCCCCGUACUCAACGCGCCCAAAACCGCGGUGGCGCCGAUGCGCCCCUGCAAGAUCGCGAAAAUGUUCGAGAAUUUACCGCUUCGAAGCCGCGGUACUGACAUCUCUUUCUCUCUUGCACGUCUCCGCUGCCAAAGCCACGCAGUGAAGUUGCGCAGUUGUAAAAAGUUGGCGAACGGCGUAGACGUGCGAGCAGACAAGGAGAGCACAAAUAUUUCAGUUGUUAUUUUUCUGAUCGACUGUUUCACAAAUUGAACUACUCGAAGUCUGUGUUUUACGUGGAAGGAACGUCUCUCGCACCAGUCGCGAGCCAACAAUA